UUCGCUUCCGACAGAGAAACAAACCAAACAACAAAACAUUAAUGGAUAUUCCUGAACAAAAAAUUCUUGAAGGUAAAGAAAAUGAAAGUGUUGAAUCUGAUUUUUCUAGCAAUAAAACUUUCACGAAACGUGCCGGUACAACAGAUAAAGGAAAAGACUAUGAAAAUCUAAUGGUCGCCAACCUAAUUCUACGUCUGAUGAACAACAACAAUAUAAAAGAUUUUAAUGUGUGGUCAAAUGAUCAAGACUUUGGUCAAUUCGACGACGUUAUUGUCGAAAUCGAGACGAAAGACAACGACAAAGAGAAAUACGCACUCCAGCUAAAACACAUAUCCAAAGAAACAAAGAAGUUGUCAAUAAAAGGUCUACAAGAAGAAAAAGGAAACUUUGGAAUGCGGAAAUACUUCCAAUCUUUCAUCAAAUCCAGAAAAACAUUGUCUAAUUAUAAAUUAAUUCUUCUAACGACUCUUGACUUCAAUGUUGACGAAAACCAAGAAAUCCAACUCAAAACUCAGAAAGAUGAAAUAGUCCGAGCUCAAAUCAUCAAGUCUCCAAUAACAUCCACUCUCAACACAAACCAAAAAGUCGAAACUUGCUAUAAAUUUGAGUUAAUCAACGAUGAGUCUUUAAGCAAUCAAGCUGACUACAAAAGUUUCUUCGAAAUUUUUCUUCUGUACACCAAUCAGAUGAACGCGGAUGACUUGAAAGCAGAAAUCGUUAGCACAAUGAAGAAAACGUUUUCGUGUACAGAUGCAACAGCUGAGAAGAUCCUGGACUUUAUUUCUGAGUGGAGUCUGCGCGAUGGCACGAAAGAAAAGCUACACUUGAAGAUGGUCCAAAAAGUCGUAGCACUGUACUUAGUGGAACCUUACAUCCAACCAAUUUUCUUCUGCGAAGUCAGCGAAAACGCCAAAAUUUUACGAAAAGCAAUCGACAAGUUUGACAUUUGUUUGUUUGGUAAAGAUUUAGUUGAAAACGUGGCGCAACUAUGGGAUGAUGUUAAGGAAGAUUUGGACGAGAAAGAAAUGGUAAUUACAAACAGAAAUUAUCAAAUAGUGGAGAAGCUUGACUUCAACAGUGUUAGUAAUGAAGAUUACAGUAAACUGUUAUGGUUGAUAAAUAAGUGUCCGUUGAUAGUAACUGUUAGUGAGUUAACUUAUAAAGGUGUUAGGUUAUGCGAAGAUAGAAAAUUUAUCUUGAUUGGAGAAAAUAUUAACGAAGAGUUUUUAGAAAAACGUUCGAUUUUUCGGAAAUUGUCAAAUCUAAAAUGUCAUUCUGAUCUUCUGGAGGAAGUUAAUGGUAAUUUUAAAUGUUUGCUACCACAGGAAGAGGUUAGUUUAUAUAAUUUGGUACAACACGACGAAAAAUUUUGGAAUGUUGUUACAACAGAUGAGCUAGUAAUGAUGUUGAACGGUCCUUACAAAAUAAAACAAGAUACAGAGGAGCUUUCUUUGCCAUACAUUACCAGAAAAUUGUCUAAAAGUAUUGUCAGUUUAGAGUGUUUAAAAAAUGUUGAUAAAGACACUCUAAUUUUAAUAAGUAACUAUAACCUGAAUAAAGAUAUUGAAAAAUGUAACGUAACGUACCUAGAUGAAGACUUCAAAUCAUUGCCAGACAAUCUACCUCAAGCUCAUGUGUAUGUAACUCGAAAAAUGUCUUCACAGAAGGAAUUUCUCGCAUUAUGUCAACAAAACGCAGACAAGAAAAGUUUCCAUCAUUUUAGAAUAUGGAAUGGGUUUUUAGAAUGGAUGAAAAGCGUCAACGAUAUUUCCGUCGUUGAAAAUCAUCUAGUACAAGGUUAUUCUAUAGAGGAGAACGACUUAUGGGAAACAACUUCAUGGAACAAUAUCCAUAUUAUAGCCAGCGAUCCUGGAUUCGGAAAAUCCUCCCUAAUGAAAAAUCUAAAGAACACGUUUUCCUCGAAAAUUUUCACGGUUACUUUUUCGCCCCAAGACAUGAAAGAGAUUUGCAAAUAUCUGCAAAGCCCCAACUUAUUAGAUUAUAUUAUCGAUUUGAAAUUUUCGUCUUACAAAGAGUUCGACAAGUCUGUUGUCAAGUUUUUAUUCCAGAAAAAUCAAGUCAUGUUUUUUUGGGAUGAACUGGAUGAAAUUAUAGAAAAUAUUAAUUGUGAUGAUAACAUAAAUAUCGUAGUAGGUGUUAUUCAAAAAUUUUCCGAUAAAGGUAUUGCGCAAUGGUUAACUUGCAGACGACGUCUGAAAUACAUUCUUGAAGCAAAGUUUUGCGUUUGUGCUCGAGAAAUUCUAGCAUUCACUGAAGAGCAACAACUGGGUUUUAUUAAAGAACGGAUGAAACCUCUUCAUUGUGAUGAUCAAAAUUUAGAUGACGUGAAAAAUAACGUUGCUUUAACAAGAUUUGGAGACGUCUUAAGUAUUCCUUUACAAAUUCACAUGUUCACAGAACUUUGUAAACAAAAUGAAGAUAAGUUUUUUGAUGUGUUAAAAGAAGGGUUUUCUGUGGCAGACAUGUAUCAUUAUUUUGUUGAAGAGAAGUUUAACUUUUAUUACAAAGAUAAAGUAAAGGUUUAUACAGAGCAGAAGAAUCAGCUUCGACAGAUGCAAAAUGACCACAUUAAACAAUAUCAGAAAGCAGCUAUGAAAGCACUUCUUGGUGGUGGAGUUUUAGAACAGGUGAAUAUUGACUGUGAUGACUUUCUAAAUGAUGUACAACAAGAGGGUGACUGUUUUGGUUUUAUAACUGAAGUUACAGAGAAUACGCUUCAACCAGUUUUUGCUCACGUUUCUUACGCUGAGUACUUUGUGGCAACGUAUCUUCUGAAACGGAAAGGAGAAAAUUUGGUGGAUAUUUUAUUUAAAGACAAAAACUCUAAUGUAAGAUUUUUUUUCGAUGCGUUGUUAGCCAAAGGUUGUUCUCGUAAUGUUGAAGGAUAGAAGAUCUUAGAGGAGGAAAUAUUUUACAAAUGUUCAUGAGAAAAAAUAUCUUCUGAUGAUAAUUUUAGCAUUUUGCAUUUUUGUGUAAAUUUUGGACAUUAUUUGAUUUAUUUAUUUAUACAAAUAAUGAAUAAAAAAAUAUUGUCUUUAAAUUAA